GGGGGAGGACAGCGGCGGGGGUCGUGGGUGGACGACAGGAGGGUGCGGGUAAAGGGACACUCGCACAUUGUUACCAACUCGAGGAGCGGCGAGGACACCAGGUCGUUCCACGUGAAUUUUCGCCCCAGUGGCCUGGAUUGCCAUUGAACAUUAUAUGUCAUCAGAGAUAUUUUGGAGAGUCGUACGAAUCAUUCGAUCAAGGCGCAGCAUCUCAAAGGACCACAGCAUCUCCGAGCCGAUGGCGUUGCUAUGACUCAACCGCAAUGGACGCAGGCAGCUUGAACCAUGGGCGACCGCACUGCCGGACCCUCGCUGUCUUCUUGUGAUCUGGAGAGAAGGCAAAGUUUUAACGGCCAGUGCUGAGAUCGCGUCUCUUCUGAGCUUCUCUGCUGCCAGUCAUGGGUCUCCUAUGGCUGGUGUCGGUGUCCAUGAUGACAGCGUGUGUCGCCAUUCCCAUGGACGCAGCGGCGGGGAGCCACAGCUUGUUUACCUGUGAGCCCAUCACGCUGCGCAUGUGCCAGGGGCUCCCGUACAACACCACCUUCAUGCCCAAUGUGCUCAACCACUACGACCAGCAAACAGCCGCCCUCGCUAUGGAGCCCUUCCACCCCAUGGUCAACUUGCAGUGCUCUCCCGAGCUCAGGAUGUUUCUGUGCGCUCUCUACGCACCCGUGUGCACCGAAUACGGCCGCAUGACACUGCCCUGCCGCCGGCUCUGUCUGCUGGCCAAGAGCGACUGCUACAAACUCAUGGACAUGUUUGGUCUCAGCUGGCCUGAAGAGAUGGACUGCAACAGGUUUCCAGACUGUGACGAGCCCUACCCCCGUCCCGUCGAUCUCUUGUCCAGUGCAGACACGACCGAGCCCACCAUCCCCGUCCAGCGAGACUACGGAUUCUGGUGCCCCCGAGAGCUCAAAAUAGACCCAGAGCUCGGCUACUCCUUCAUGGGGGUCCGCGACUGCUCUCCUCCUUGUCCCAACAUGUACUUCACUCGCGAGGAGCUGACCUUCGCCCGCUAUUUCAUCGGCGUGGUGUCCAUCGUGUGCCUGUCCGCCACCCUCUUCACCUUCCUCACUUUCCUCAUCGACGUUUCUCGCUUCCGCUACCCGGAGCGACCCAUUAUCUUCUACGCAGUGUGCUACAUGAUGGUGUCCCUCAUGUUUUUCCUUGGUUUCCUGUUGGAGGACAGAGUGGCCUGUAAUGCAGCCAUUCCUGGGAGGUUUCGAGCUUCCACUGUGACUCAAGGCUCCCAUAAUAAGGCCUGCACGCUUCUCUUUAUGGUGCUGUAUUUCUUCACCAUGGCGGGCAGCGUCUGGUGGGUCAUCCUCACCAUCACUUGGUUCCUGGCCGCGGUUCCCAAGUGGGGUAGCGAGGCGAUCGAGAAGAAGGCUCUCCUCUUCCACGCUUGCGCCUGGGGCAUCCCCGGCGUGCUCACCGUCAGCCUGCUCGCCAUGAACAAGAUCGAGGGUGACAGCGUCAGCGGCCUUUGCUUUGUGGGCCUCUACAACUUGCCGGCGCUACGCUGGUUCUUGCUGGCUCCGCUGGGAGUGGAUGUGCUGGUGGGCGUGGUGCUGCUGCUAGCAGGAAUCGCAGCUCUGAACCGUGUCCGCAUGGAGAUCCCUCUGGAGAAGGAGAACCAGGAGAAACUGGUCAAGUUCAUGAUUCGUAUCGGCGUGUUCUCCGUGCUCUACCUGGUGCCUCUGCUGACCGUUCUGGCCUGCUACCUCUACGAGAACAGCCACAGGACCGUCUGGGAGACUACCUGGGUCCAGGAGAAGUGUCGAGACUACCACAUUCCCUGUCCCUACCAGGUGGAGCAGAGCACUCGUCCUGACCUUUCCCUCUUCCUGAUCAAGUACGUGAUGAUGCUGAUCGUGGGGAUUCCGUCCGUGUUCUGGGUGGGCAGCAAGAAGACCUGCUUCGAGUGGGCCAGCUUCUUCCACGGCAAGAGACGCAAAGACGCCAUGGUCAACGACAGCCGGCAGGUCCUGCGGGAGCCAGACUUCACCCGGCUGCUCCUGAGGGAUCCGCACGCGCCCGUGGCGAGGAAGUCGCGGGGCACGUCCACGCAGGGCACGUCCACGCACGCCUCCUCCACCCACCUGGCCGCCCUCGACGAGCCCCCCGGCGGCGCCGCCAGUCGGGCGGGCUCGGUCCGCAGCGGCCGCUCCGGGUCGAGCAGCUUCCACGGCAGCCCUCGCCGCUCCCGAGACGGCAGAUACACGGCCUCCAGCUUCCGAGCCUCAGAUGAGCGCGCCCCCUACGGCAGCAUGCCCCACCUGGACGACCCAUCCCACACGAGACACUUGGAGAGCGCCAAUCGCCUGGACGGCCUGUCGCGGCACGGCUCCGCCCACUUGCUGGAAAUCCAGUCGCGGCACAGCAGCGUCAGGGACCAAGCUGCGCUGGGGGUCCCCGGAAACGGCAUUCACAGGGUGCUGGAGGAAGAUAUGGCAUGAACAAUGUUGCAGAAACGUGCUCGGCCUUACGUGUUUCAGACCUCACUAGCCGAUCCCAAAAACUGACUUGAAAAGGAUUUUUGGACUUGGAUUCUUGAUCCGCCACUACUGAGUCAAUCACAUGGUUGAUGAGAGAUCCAAAGACUCACUGGCUACUUUUUGGAUGGUUUUAUUGCACCUUUUUGAGCCCUCGAUGGUCACUCGCUCCCACUUAGCAACUAGUUGGCCUUUUUUUGUGUUGAACAGGAGGAUGGACUGAAGCUAGUUCACUGGCUGACUGCAGUGUGGGAGUAUUACUCAUAUUGGUACAUCAGCUUGCUGAAAUCACUCCAUUCUGUAAGUUUUUAUAAUCAGUGAAGGUGCUGGUGAAAGAAUUUUUAAAUGAUGUGUGAUACAAAAAAAAGAGAGUUGGGAAUGUCAGGGCUGAAUCCAAACUCCUGCCUUACAGCCUCAACAGCAACACCACGGAAACUGAUUUACUAAAAGGUUUGCGCAUGCAAAAACGGGCACAAAGUCAUCCAUUGUGUGUGCCAAAUGCUCUAAAAUGACAGUUCUUACAGCCUUUUUGUUUGUGCAAGCAUUUUUUGAAAUGCCAGAAACAAAAAUUAUCAUGAAAUAUUGUUGAUUGAUCCUUCUAUUUGGGAUCUUGGUAAAAGAUCGCAAUCUUAUUAGAUCAUGUGCAACAUGUUCAGCAACAGCGCCCAAUCUGUUAGAGUGAACACAAUUUAGCAUCCGCUAUUCUAAAUGGUUGCAAGUCAAAUCUGAAUAGUCAUUGCUUGUACUAGUUACAGUGAUGGGCAAAGUUUGGCUCAUGGGUCAUAUAUGGCACCACUGAGCAUUUACAUUACCAAGAGUCCUGCAAUAAUUUGGAUAUUGGUUAGUAUAAUUAAAGAGGAUGAAUUAUUAAAAUACACUUUUUUUCUUUACCUCAUUACCAAAUGACAUGGCCCAUCUCUGCAGUUUUAAAAAUCAAAUGUGGCCCUUGAGCACAAACAUUUGUCCCCCGUGUUAGACCAUUAUUUCCCCUGGUGGCUAAAAGCUGUGCAUAGAUGUACAAUGUUCUGUUAAAACAAAUUUACAUUUUUUUUUUUUUUUUUUAAUAAAUGGAAAAAACAAGCAUGUUUACUUGCUUACACAAACGACACACACAGUGUAUUUGUAACAGCCCUCCGUUUUAUUGAAAUACAUCGGAGUCAGGUUAAUAUGAGUCGUCCACGGAAGUGUGGCAGCCAGUUCCAUACAUUUUUUUUUUUUACCUUACACCUUAAAUAUUUUUGUGCAAAAAGACUCUACAUCACCUGUAGUGGGUUAUCCUCAGUAAAACGCCCAAACCGUUAAAAAAAAA